UCGUCGUCGGGGCAUAUCGCUGUCCUGAUGUCUGUCGCUUCUAGUGGCAUCCUUAUUGUCCAUUCCAGGGGUACUUAGCUCGAAGUGGACCGCCUUGGACCCACAUAGCGCUUUAUAUGCCGGCGAUCUUCUUGUGCUGCGGGCAUCCGCGCUGCGCGCCUAUCCUCAGUCCUUCGAGCAGUUCCGCCUUUGUCGUUCUCGGGUCUGCAGCUGUCCACGUAUAGAAAUCGUCCAAUGGCAGGCCAGCCCCUCGCAUCCCCCAUCGUGCUAACUCGGGCACCGUCUUCACCCUUCAGCGCUGCGGCCCGCGAGACGAGCCUUGUUCGGGGGCUCGGGCUCUUCCAGCUACCCAGUCGCUCCUUCUUGACUGCGACCACGUCCACUUCUGAGGAGAGAUCGCUAUGCGAAUCGCCGAAGCCAAUCGAAGACAUCCUCGAUCUGCAGCACGAUUCCUCAAGACUGUCCGCCGGUACGCGCGUUCGUUCCGGGUCCAUGGAGCUAUACAGCCGUCUUCUAGACCAAGCCGCCGCUGCACAUGCUAAAAGAAACACUCUCGUCACCGCGAGAAUGCUCACCACCAGGCGUUCCACCGUUCCAUCUGUCUUUGAUUCACAUUUCGCCGUGGCACCCCUGAAGGCCUCUCAAUUGCCUUGGCGUGAUUGGCGUCGAACACGCCCGCAUUCUCCGCAUGAUCAGCUGGAUUCUCCGGGUCGCGAUCGGUGUGCGGAGGGCGUCGGGGCAGGGGACGCCGCCGGUGACGCAUUGGGGCUCAUAUAUGAAACGAGAAGCCAGACCGGUGCGCCGUUCCCGCCCCCUCUUACUCUCUCAAGCCGGCUGCGCAAGCUCGCCCCUCCUCCACUCCCCCUCUCCCCUCUGUCUGUUCCUUCAUCUGCACUGAUGCGUCCGUCAACAACCACCGACGACAGCGCGUCAUCCGACCUCACGCGCUUCUCCUUCGCGGCGUCGCCUGCACGUGUCUUCUCCGCGUCGCGUUACGUUUCGGUCUCGCCGACCACGAUGACGAGCGUCGACUCGUCCGAGGGCCGCCCGGGCACGUCGCUUUCGUCCUAUGAGAUCCUCCAGUGGCGCAGAACGCCGCUAACGGCAUCGCCUGCGAUUCCGGUUGUCCUCCGCUCGACCAGGGGCGGGUCGCAGGACGCGCUCCAUUCUGCAGUCACGCGCGUGGAAGAGCCGCCCACGUACUCAGAGGUACUGGCGCUGGAUGAGUACGACGGCGCCGGCCCUCCGCCGAUGCCCCGUGCGCCGUUCGUGCCGCUCCCGCCUUCGCCUACCGAGUUCAUGUGGCCGGACGAAGACGAUGACAGUCAGUCUCCGCUGCAGGCGCAGACGAACCUCCGCGAGGCGCUUGCUGUGGGUGGCCUCAUCGAGCGCGCACAGGAGAGCCGCGAUGCGGUUCGCGCAGCUGCCAUGUCGCUCUGCUCGUGCAGCCUCCUGAAGGACCCACAGGCGAUCAGAAACCUGUGCGCAUCCCUUGAAUCGGUGUUGGAUGCGAUUCAGGAAGAGCUGGGGAAGACGCCUGAGGAACAGGGCGUCGGGGAGUCGCAGGACUUGCGGGCCUGGUUCGAUAAGCAUUGGCAGAUCGUGUCUUCUCUGAAGCGGAACCUGAACACGUUCUAUAUGUUUACGGAUCAGAUGCGCCGGCGUCCGCCGCGAAUUCAUCGGCUGGCGGACUACGUGGACAAGCUCAGAGCAUUCUGGACGAAGUUUUCGGAUAUCGUCCGGAGACUGGAGCUUUCGCGUGAGAAGCUGCAGCUUUUGAGGCUUCGAGUGCGAUACACGGCGGAACACCUUGCGGCAUGCUUUGAGAUGGAGGCGGAGCGCACGCGGCGUCUCGAGUUCCGCAAUGCGUGGCUCGAGGGCCGUGCACUGCGUAGAACGAUGCGCGAGGAGAUUCGCCGCUCGAAGCAGCUCGCGCAGCAGCUCAGAGCAACGGACGUCGACUGAUGCAUUCUCUCAAGUAUCUAUCUUCCAUGCAAAUUGCCCUUACUGAUCUGAACUCUCAUCUAUUUCUGGACUGCAUUUACUCUAUGUUAACGGCGGAUGGUACUGUUGUGGCUCCCCAUCAUGCGUUGAGAUGUAUCGAUAGGUGUUCCAAUGUCUGUACUACCAGCAUUUGUUAUGAUCGACCCGUGCCGUGUAUGUCCUCACAAACUCUGAUCACCAUCACAUAUUUAUUGUCAAGUUCGUCAUAUUGUACCAAUCAAAUAUGUUUCUACCCAUUCUCCUAUGUCCGAGAAUCAUCUACAAGC